AUGUUAACGACGACGACGACGAUAUCGACGCGUUGUUUUCGAAGAAAAGGAAUAGGCACAACAGGAGGAGGAGGAGUUCUCGAGAGAUGCGCGUCUUGUUGUGUAUUUCUCGACGAGGAUACGAAUACGAACGAUGAUACGAGAGCAGAGAGGAGCGUCUCAUCGUCCUGUUUGGCGUCAUCUGCGUUCCCCGGGGGAUUUCAUCAUCAUCAUCAACAACCGAAAGGAUCCGUAACAACAACGAGAACAACGUUUUUUGAGAGAGCUAAUAAAGGAAAAGAGAGAAGAGAAAGCAGCACAACGUGCAAGAGCAGUUUUAGCGGCGUCGGCCCAUUUUCGUCGCGCGAGAAGCCCUUCAGGGGGUGGUGGUCGAGAGGAUGGUUGUUGCAUCCGUGUUGCAAAGGGUUGACCUUUUCGACCGCCACCGAAAAGGUGCAGGCGGACGGCGACGAUGAUGAGAGGAAACCAGAGCCGCCUUCUUUUAAAGACAUCGACGACUCGCACUUGCCUCCGGACUUAAAACGACGCGCGUUAGUCGCGACCAUGCGACGAUUUCGGCGGAGAAAAGAUGCGAAAGCGGUUCAAGAAACGUUCGAGACGUUGAGGAAACAUCACCGAUAUCCCGGGCGAGGCGCGUAUAACGUUUUGGUGCACUGCGCGGCGGAUAGCGGCGACCCGGAGGCGGCGUUGGAGAUUGUGCAGUCGAUGGUAGCGGAUAAUGUGGUGCCAGACGUGACGACGCACCACGGAAUUUUGUUGGCGUUUUGUAGGAGUGGGAGGGUGAAGGAGGCGUUCGAGUGGUUGCAGAUGCACUGUUUGGGCGUGCCUUCGUCGUCGUUAGGGGAGGAGAGCGGAUGGGACGUGCGUUUGAAAGCGCCCGGGGAGGCGGUGCAAUUGAGCGAGAUUUUCGAUGAACAAGAUGCGGAUGCGGAUUUACCCGACGACGACGAUGGUACCACGGAGGCGGCGCGAACGAUGCAUCAACCGGCACCGCAGACGGCUUUGCCGGUAAAAUUAUUCACCACUUUGUUGAGGUACGCGGCGAAGCACGCGAGUCGAGAGAUUUUCCAAGCCACGGAAGUAUUGAUGUUUCAAAUGAACCAACCAAACUUAACGCCCGGUGCGGACGCGUUGGAAGCAAAGCUGCGUUUGGUAGGGACGUGCGCGAACGGAACCUCUCGCGAAGUCGAGGAAGUUUGGCAGAUGUUUAAAAACGAGCAUAAAUCCAUGUGGGCCCACAGCGAACGCGUUUCGGCGCACUGUAAAAUCGCGAACAGAAAGUUUGCAAAGAAAGGCGGCAAAGAAUCCGCGGCAUCGGCAAAGAGCCUCGAAAUGGCUGAAAAUGCGCUGGAUACUUUGUUAUGGAGGUUAGGCAAACGUGUGUAUUCUGAUUCCGUGCCAACUGCAAAGUUUUCGGAAAGGUACAACGUCAAGUAUCGCACCGGGUGGUCCGGCGCUCGAGGCUUGGCGGCGGCACAGUUUUUAAAACAACGCGACGCGAUGCAAAAGUCGCGCAGAAGAGAUGGCAGUAAAGAUGCUCGAAAUCCGUGGAAAUCGUGGCGUAAAGAAACCGCCAGCGCGAGGCAGCAUCGAGUGAUUGGAGGAGGAACAGGAGGAGGGAGUACCACGACGUACGACGAGGAUAGGAAUAGUUUUAGCACCGAGGACGAGGAUGAUUUCAUGAACCUUGGAGAAGAAAGCGAGGAGAUUGUGCUCGACUUGGCGUCGCAAUACGCCAUUCGCGCGCACGAAAAAGAAGUUCGCGCGGCGUGUAAUGCCGUUUCGACGAUGUUCGCAAACAGAGGGGAUGUGGCGAGAGCGAAAGAGGCGUUUCAGAUGAUGACGGCGAACGAAGUGCGACCAGACGUGUAUUCGUUCACGGCGUUGAUGCGCGCGGAAUUGAACGCGUUCUUAUCCCCUCUAUAUCAUCAUCACUCUCACGACGGACGAAAAGAAGGAGUUAAAGAAGAAGAAGUAGUAGAAGAAGAAGUUAAAGAAGAAGAAGAGAUUACCCGGAAAACAUUCAUCGAAGACGACAUCCACAAGAACGAAGAUGAGGACGAAUUGGAGGAUCGAUUGGAUGCAACUUUCUCGAGAGUAGAAGCAUUGCGAGAGCGAAUGUUGGACGCUGGCAUCGUCCCUGAUGCGGCUUCUUUUGUCACGGAGCUCGUUCUCGCUGGAAAAUUCUACGCUUCCAUGAUGGAACGCGACGGAGCUACUUUACGUUUGGUUCAAGAUCGUCGACGACGCGUGUCCAACAUUUUACUUCGAAUGCAAAGCUUGCACGUCAAAAUGGAUGCUGUUGCGUAUAACGCGUUAAUCGGCGCUUUAUCGAGAAACAACGACGUCGAAUCGGCAUUUAAGGCGUACAAGUCUAUGGCGUCUUCAAACAUCACGCCCGAUGCGGUGACCUUUUUAGAACUCUUCCUCGCGUGCGAGCGACGAGGACGCGAAGUUUCGGACGUCUUGGCGCACUUUCCAUAUCCAAUGCACGGCGAAAAGAGAGAAGACAUGAUGCAGACGGCUUUGAGCGAUAUGAACGACUCCAGCGGCGACCCGUUACUGGUUAAGGCCAGGGAAUACGUGGACGAAGCCGAAAGAGAUAUGGAUUUAUACGGCGUGGCGCACACCUCGGAAUCGUUGACUGCGCUCGCGCUCGCCAGAGGUAAAUUGCGUCAACCGGACAAAGUCGUCGAUCUCUUUGAAAAGCACUUCAAAGCGAGCAGUGAUAUAGCCGACGAUCGAUUUUAUGCGACGUGCGUGCAAAGUUUAUCGAGAAUCGAUCCGAACGAGGCUAUGCGCGUCUUUGACGAAGUCUACGAGAGCACAUCCGACAAGAACAACAACAACAAAAAUCCCAUCCGUCCAAACCUUUACGCGUUAAACGCGUGCGUCGCGGCGUGCGCCGAACUCCGCCAAAUCUCCGAAGCUCGCAAACGCGUCUCCCAAUUCGUCAAAAACAACCCGGCGACGCCGCUGUCCUCGGACACGUUGGACGCUCUCUUCAAAUGCGCCGCCGCUUCCGGCGCGUUCGCCGCGCAAGCGCCCGUCAUCGUCAAAGAACUCGUCAACCAACUCGGCGUCGUCCCGUCCAAAAAAAUCUUCCGUCAACUCUACGAAGGCAUCGGUCUCGCGCACGAAAACGACCGCAACGUCUCGAAAACUUUAGCGAGAGAUAUCUUUGGCGACAGCCGCGCGAAGAGAUACGAAGAGGAACUCAAAAUGAAAAGUAGUAGUAGUAGUAGUGCGAAGAGCGACGUUUUCGACGACGACGAAGAAAAAGCAGAGAAGAAUAACAACAGUUAUCAUUACGACGAAGGGGAAUUCUUCGAUGAAGACGACGACGAUGAAUUUUAA